CAUUAGCGUUGGGUGGGUCAGCGCAACCGCAUGUGCGCUUUGGUACGCGCAGUCGGACUUAUUGGGUUCGUUUUUGUGUACCACGCGCGGACCGUCUAGUGAAGUAACAACGAUAAUCGAUUUUGAAGAGUAUCGAUAUAACAUCGGUUAGAGCACACUAAGAAUCGGACAUGAGGCAUCAUAUGCUGAAACUACUCACCGGAGUGAGCUUACUCGCUUUUGCCAAAUGUGGUCCACCUGGAAAGCCAUCCCUGGGCUGGGGCGAACGAACCUUCGCAAUAGUUGAAGUUAAUCAAGCGGCGACAGCUUACAAUCAGCUCGUCACCAGAAAAGAUAGUGCUGACGUCACAGUAACAUGGAACGUGUGGUCUGGAGAUCCAGCUGAUACCGCCAGAGUCCUACUGGAUGGAGAUGAAUACUGGUCAGGAGCAUCAGGAGCGGCGACUACGGCUACAUUCAAAGUGACGAAAGGUGGCAGAUAUCAGAUGCAAGUUGAACUCUGCAACUCUGACGGAUGUUCUUCCAGUGAGCCUACAGAGAUCGUCGUAGCUGAUACUGACGGGAGCCAUCUACCUCCAUUGAUGUACACCCUUGGAGAGAAGAAUAAGCCAUUCAAACAGACUUCAGGAAAAGUUGUCGGAGCGUACUUCGUUGAAUGGGGUGUUUACCCAAGAAAAUUCCCAGUCGAUCGUGUACCUAUUCCUAAUCUGACGCAUCUUUUGUACGGUUUCAUUCCUAUUUGCGGAGGCGACGGCAUCAACGACAGUUUAAAGGAGAUCGAAGGCAGUUUCCAAGCUCUUCAACGAUCAUGCAGCGGCCGCGAAGAUUUCAAAGUUUCUAUUCACGACCCGUGGGCCGCUCUUCAGAAGCCACAGAAGGGACUGUCUUCCUGGAAUGAACCAUACAAAGGCAACUUUGGUCAGUUGAUGUCUCUCAAACAAGCCAGGCCUGAACUUAAAAUUCUACCUUCCAUCGGAGGCUGGACUCUUGCCGAUCCCUUCUUCUUCUUCACCGACAAAGAGAAGAGAGGUCGCUUCGUUGAUUCUGUGAAAGAUUUUCUUCUAACCUGGAAGUUCUUCGACGGUGUUGAUAUCGAUUGGGAAUUCCCUGGCGGUAAGGGAGCUAACCCUGACCUAGGAAGCCCUAAGGACGGAGAUGUUUACGUUGAAUUAAUGAAGGAAUUGCGUGAAAUGUUGAACGACCUAUCUGAAGAGACCGGUAAGAAAUACGAGCUGACUUCCGCUAUUAGUGCUGGAUGGGAUAAGAUUCAAGUGGUCGAUUACAGCGAGGCUCAGAAAUACAUGGAUCACAUCUUCCUCAUGAGUUAUGAUUUCAAAGGCGCCUGGUCUAACGACACCCUCGGUCAUCAGACACCGCUUUACGCUCCUGCUUGGAACCCCAAGGAAACUUAUACCACUGACUUUGGUGUGAAAUAUUUGCUUGCUCAAGGCGUCAACCCUAAGAAGAUUGUGGUGGGUGUAGCUAUGUACGGACGAGGCUGGACCGGGGUUCACAACUAUGAAAAUAACAAUCCAUUCACUGGCAACGCGACUGGACCUGUCAAAGGUACUUGGCAAGACGGUGUAGUUGAUUAUAGAGAAAUAGCAAAUGAAAUCGCUAUGGGCAAAUGGGAGUUCCAUUACGAUAACGUUGCUGAAGCUCCUUACGUGUUCAGGCCAUCGACCGGUGACCUAAUAACGUACGAUAAUCCCCGAUCGACUAUUGCGAAAGGCAAGUAUGUAAGAAACAAUAAGCUGGGCGGUUUGUUCGCGUGGGAGAUUGAUGCAGACAAUGGUGAACUAUUAAACGCCAUGAACAUGGGUCUCGGAAACAGUCAGGCGUGAACCGAUAUGAACUGUAGUCCUAUUGGCGUGAAUGUGAUUGUUAUUGUAAGAUUAUUUUUAAGGAAAAGGUCUCAAAAUGUAGAAAAUAAUUGUACGAUUGGU